AUGGUCCUCCGCAUUCGCCUCGCCCGCUUCGGCCGCACCCGCCAACCAAUCUACAACAUCGUCCUCUCGCACGCCCGCAAAGCCCGCGGCUCAAAACCCCUCGAGGUCCUCGGCACCUUCGACCCCAUUCCUCGCGUGCCCCUCGCCACUCGACACACACCAGCCACCGUCAUCAACGACGAAGGCAAAGAAGUGCCAUUCGUGCCCAAGAAGAUCAAGGAUAUCAAGCUAGAUAUGGAUCGGACUAAGUACUGGUUGGGCGUGGGCGCGCAGCCAAGCGAGCCCGUGGAGAAGAUUUUAGUCAUGUUGGGCAUGAUGGUGCCGCGGCCAGGAAGGGGAGGCGCUGUUCUAGCAAAGCAGGAAUCGGCCGCCGAUGCAACAGAAGCGUGA